AUGGAAUGUAGGAUCAGGGGGUUUAUUCUAAGUAAGCCUUUCUACUUUUAAGUGCACGUGGUUUCAAAAAGGUUGCGGUUGUGUACAUUAGCUUACACCUUAUACAGACUGCACGCAAAUAUGACAUAUCCCUCUAGCUAAGAACACAAAAAAAACCUGAACUAAUGUUAGCUUCUCCUACUUAAUGACUGUUUUAGAUCUUUUUCUAUAACGUCGGAAAAUCAGAAUCACGUUUCUUACUAUGGACUAUCAGCUUACCCUUUGCUGACUGUUUCAAAGCCGCAGAAAAAAUACUUCCUGAAUGUGCCAUGAAAGGGAUUGCGUGCGGCGAGCGGAAGUUUUCUAGACAUAAUCCAUGCACACUUACCACGGAUCAUCACCAAAAACCCUUAACAUUUAUGUAGCUUUCGGAAAGAAGUGACAGUUUUCUAAGAGAAUUAUCAUCAAUGAAACAUUUAACAAGUUAAACCACGAAACAACGAGUGCGUUCGCAAUGAUAGCAUUGAAUGACCAAGAAAGAGUUGAGGGUUUAUCUAAUAACAGUUUCCAGGAUCCACUGUUUUUCUUCCUUUCAGGAAACGUAGUGCAUGUGUGGGUGGUGAUAAAGUCUUUUAAGACUCAUUACGUGGAAUACCGCAUGCAUAUAGAAAGGAUAAAAUUAGCUUCCCUUUGCCAAGAGGGUCAUAUCUCAAGUUUGACCGGCUAAACUGCCCCUAUGCAUGGUAAACAACUAGAGUUUUGGCAACAAACUUUAGAUAAACGUUGCUCUUACAAAUAUCUACAAUUACUGUUAAUUGUAGGAAUAUUUUAAAGCUGCUUUAGAGGGAGUUGUCCUUAAAAUAUUUUGAUAAACUAUUUCCACCGACAGGGCCGUCUCUCGCACUGCACUCUGGGACCAAAGCGACACUUCUUUUGUUGAGCUCCUGAAAGCGUGCCUUUGUCUCUUAAAUUUACAUAGUAUAUGAUUUCAAUAAAAAUUAGGCAAAGUGCGGACAGCGUGAUUCUAACAGUGUGCCCAGAGCUCCAUAAGACAGUCGGUUUUCAUUAGUUUGAAUCUAGUGAUGAAAUACUUGGCAGAAGUAGCUGUUCGCGAGUCCUUUUGUUCUUCUUGUUAAUAUGCAAGACAUGAAAUUCGCUCUAUUAAAGCAUAACAUAUGAUUAAGUGCACGGCUACUUAAAGUUGUCAUACUGUGAAAAGCCAAAUAAAAUAUUGUUUUUGAAGAUGACUGCCAAACGUCGGUUUAACGUCUCAACAACAACCCUAUUCAAGACUUAAACUCCCACACAACCCAGACGAUCACAUUCCACCUACGUUUGAAAUGACUCCUCGGCUCAAACCAUCAACUGUAAAAAAAAAUUUAAAAUUUGCAUCAUAUUGCACUUUCACUACCCAAUCAGCUUGUUUUUACUUGUUAAGAGGAUUUGGUAUACAUGGCUGAUUUGUCAAAUAUGAGCCGAGGAAACGUUUGUACCGCUAUAAAACAACCCAUCCAGAUGUCGACAGGCCAUUACAUCUAGGUUUAGCAGCCAGAUGGACCUCAGAAAAUUUGCACCUUUUGUCUUUCUCCUAAACCUGGGGAUUCUCCCUCUAACUGUAAAAGGUAUGCCAGUCUCUUCUUUUCAUCGUAGGCCGUUGCAAUCAGCAUUUGUAUGUUCUUAUACCUAACAAAAGGCAAAUAUUACUUUUUUCUUGUAACAUAGUUGAAAAUUGUUAAAAUUUCAUCUCCUGAAAAGCAAUUCACCUCGGUCGAAGACUUUCUAUUUUGUUCUUUAUUUUUUAAGGAACACUGCGUGUACUUAUUUAGACCUCCUCAUAUAAAGACAGAAGGUCUGACAGCUAAUAUUUUUGAAUUUCUAAGUUGUUCUGAUUUACAACUUUGAGGAACACAACAAGCCCCUCCCUCUCGUUUAAGUGACUAACUCAGUGCUCGAGCUUGCGACUAGAGUACUAAGGUCAAAGUCUCUGAUCGAUGCAUUUUUCCAUCUUAUUUAAUGUGCCAGUUUCUAUACAUCUCACGAUCUCGCGAAAAUGAUUAUAUUACAAAGUUUUCGAUGGAGUAAUUUGUUUGUUGUAACUCUGUUCUCCAAAAUAGUACAGUCUGUUUCCGUCAGCGGGCUACCACUUGGAUUGAAGGAAAACGAAACAAAAUUUUAAUCACAGACAGGUGAUUGAUUCUUGAUACGAUAUUUCAUAUCACCAAAAGACCUAUAAAAUUGGAGAUUUCACAGCUAGAACAUAAGAUUUUGACAGUGGGGUGAGAUCUCUGAAAUUAAACCUGCCCCUUACACUCCACACCCACAUUCUUAUGCAACGCGAAAGUUUUAAUCCAUUUCAAACUUUUGACGGCCAAAGUGAUAGCUGGCAGUUCAUCAACCCAUCUUUUACAGAAAACCUUAAACGAAUUUUUAUUCUUUGAGUUUCCUACUUUGGAAUCAGUCAUUUCCGCACUUCUACCGAUGUUCAUAUUUCCUAAUCCGUGCAGCUCUGUUUUAAUUCAAUCAGAGAUAACUGUCAUUCGCGGGCUACCCUUUUGGUGCAAGGAACCGAGCUUACUCGACACACUGCGUGUGCGCGCGUAGCAAAACGGUAAUUUGAUUAAUCUAGAUAUUUAGAUUUGCUCUCAACAAGUGGAGUAACUGAACAUGAACGAAAAAGGAGCUAGGGGAGAUAAAAUUGGACUUAAAACAAAUCUAAAGAGAGUUAUUACAGUAGCUAUUCUCCGAGUUUGCCAUUUGGACCGCCGCGAUCUUUAUCAAAUAUUGUCCAAACCAAGAGUGAAACAUUGAAAUAUGAUAAAGGCGAAGCAAACAAUAUAAAAACUAGAUGAUAUCAAAAUUUGCAUAAAGAUACUUACCUCCAAGACGAGAAUGCGCUCGUAUAGAACUGACCAGAUAUGCCAUUCGCCAAAUUGUUCAGUACAAUUUCAGAAAAGCAUGUUGAGCAUUGGGGGGAGGGAGAAGGGGUGUCCAAGGAAAUCGGUGGUUCAGUCCGCCUGCCAGUGUGACGUCACGUCUCGCGUCGGUGACUUUCAAAAUGGCGAGCAAAGUGUUCAUCGAAGAGACAGAUAAAAAUUUCGAAUUUACCAAGGAAAUACCGCUCUGAUUUCUUGGAUUUGGAGAUUUUAAGUUCCCUCUUGUCAUAGAAAACUAGACUUUAGUACUUUUUUAGGAUGAAACGUCUACUGGUGUAAUAAAUUUUAAAGAUUCCUUUCUAUCGUUGAACAAAUUUUAUGGGCAAUCAAACCGACCAGUCACACUUUUGAGGGCCAGUGCACAGCAAGAUUGAGAAAUUUAGACACAGCAAUAGGAGGUUCAUCAAAGGAUUUAUUAUACUUUACAUUGUGCGUAUUUUGAGCUCUUCAGAGCUAGUGGAACCCCAUAUCAAUCCUUUCAAGGUUCGCUUAGCUGUAGCGUUGCAAAAGGAAGCUACAUGACAGAUAUUUGUGAGAGACUGUGAGCACUGAAUCUUGUUGCUUUAACAUAGUUUCAUACUGUACUGGGCAUACACCUGUAAUUCUAUAAUUAAAUCCGGAAAACCAAUGGUUUCGUUUAACUAUUUUUUGGAAGCAAACCCAGUGGAGAUUUUAGGGUAAUAAUAUUGAUGAUUAAGCCGAUGUACAAAAGGCAGGUUUAAAUUUCGCCAGUGGAUCACUGGUGGGUGUGCAGUCUUGUGGUGUACUGUGUGUUGUUUGUCAUGAUGUCAACUAACAUUGAAAAAAAUUCAGCUGUUUGAGAGGAGAGGGGACAUAAGCUGACAGCUUGUGGUUUUUUCUGGCCGUAAGCUUGGCCAGUAUGCAGAUCAAGAACUCUUGAAAUUCCUUUUCCAAAAUAAUACUCCGGACUUAAGCUUAAAAUAUAUAUUGAUCGCAGUGCAUGACCAACAGGGUCAGCAGUAAGAAUAAAGAAAAACAAGCGAAAACGAAAAACCAAAUAUCAAAACGGUUUACUCAAGCAGAUUAUAGCAACACCAAAGCUCACACACAUUCGAUCAAAUUAGCGAUAUAUAGCGAUAUUUGAUAGCUUCUUACCUUUUCCUCGACCUCACUCGUCCUAAUAACUGUCGUAUCCCUCGCUAAUUUGCACAAGCGACCGCGAGGCUCUUGCCCGUUACUAUGUGACGUCAUACUGGCAGGCGGAGUGGGUCAAGAAACUUAGGAAUAAAACAAUAGAGUUACCUCCCCCUCCCCACCCCCUGAUGUUGAGUAAAUGAAAUGAAAAAUAUCUGUAUAUAUAAACUUCUUCCUCCUAAAUUUUCUCACAUAACUACAAGGCAAAGAUUUUACACCUCGCCUGGAAAUGAAAAGUGAAAAAUGCUAGGCUACGUUUUUUCUUUUCCCUAUAACGCCAAAGUAGAGUCGCUUAUUACCCUCUAGACUUGAACCAAGGCCAAGUUACGUUUCUACAGCGCUAUUUAAAUAAAAAGAAAAGUCACAAUAUCCUUGCAAAAGAACAGCUUUUGGUGAUAUUUCUUUCAAACUGAAAUUCACUAAAUGAAGAAGAAUUAAUUUUCUGUCCUCACAUUUUAAUAACACACGAAAGUUGCUUAUCUCUCCUCACCUUUCAAAUAAACACAGACACACCCCUGGCCGCUCUUCAUUUCUUUUCAAGCAACACUCCGUCUCUUUCCAUCCCAUACCUACACUACAUUGAGACAUUUUUUUUCCAUUUUACAGGCAUUUCCUAUCAGGUUGGAAAACUGAACGCAUCAGAGACGCGUCAAGGAUGGAAUUGCAACAGCGGAUGUGAGGCGCCACAACAUUGUACACUGCCACGCUGCACUAACGUGGUAUUUCCGCAAACGUUCAGUGGAUCUGGAACAGUAAGUAUACCUUAAAGCGAUUAAAAAUUACCCUAUUUCUUCAAAUAAUAGCCUCGAGCGAUUAUUCGAGGGAGGCGAUUAUUUCAAAUAUUGGUCACUGGAAGUCGAUCCCCAAAUAUUUUAUUUUGUUACCCGUUAAAUAAAAAUAAAGAAAUAAUCACAUCAAAUAUACUAAACAUGGGCUUUAUAAGUUUUGAAAAAAUGGUUCGUUGUCAGAAGCAAUCCUGUUCCUUGGUUAUUUUUCAAUUUCAAUAUCCUUGGCGUUAGAGCUUGAAUCGUCACUGAUCAGUUUUGCUGGAUGAGAUUCCACUUCAGCUUUGUUUGUUAUCCAAGGCGUCAAUUUUUAACUCGACAGGGAGGUGGUAAAGAAAGAGAAGAUAGCGAGAAGGGUGGGGGUUAGGGGCGAUUAUUUGAGGGAGGCGAUUAAUCGAGGGACGGCUAUUUUUCGAGGAAAUACAGUAGUCUAAUCUUAAGGGUUGGUGGCAACUUUGUUUUGUUAGCAGAACACAAUAAGCUUCUUUAGAAACUAAUUUUUUUUAACAAAUUUUGAUUUGCCAGCAUUGUGGCCUUUGUAAUGUUAUGACCGCAGACAAUUUAGUGCGCAUAGGUGUGUUCAAGUGCUCCCUAAUCCCUAGGAUGCGAGUGUUUUCAAUCAAAACAAAACAAGACAAAACAAAAAAUCCAGAGAAUUCUGACAAUAAAAAUAGGCUAGAAGAUCUUUAAUCCUUGGAAUGGGGCCGCGAAUGGAGGGUUGAAUUAGAUCCUCUUUUUCUUCAGAUUUAGUGUGAGGAGUGCACGCGCGCACGAGCAUUGAAACCACCAGACGCACGCGAGAAACGAGGGCGGCAGUCUCGCCCCUUCAGUCACGCGCGUGGUCAUUUUCGUUUCUCGCGCGUUUCGCACGACAGACAGAUCAACAGUCCGGAAUAUCCCUAAAUUUAAGGACAGGGCCAAAUGGUCACGCGACACUGUUCAACCAAGUAGAAGGUGGGCUUGUGUUUAUCAAAACAUCGACCAAGUGAUCAAAAAUUUUCACAACAGCGGACAGAGUCGGACAGAUUUUAAGAUAAGCCAGGGGCCCAUAACCUGGAUAAGCUUACAAUACUCGGCUAGGUUUCACAUUAUUUCAAAGAAAACAUUUGAUGUAAGAGAAUAAGAGUAUUAUUCAUUGCAAGGAAUCAUUGGGGUGUUCGAACUGAUUCUGGACCGAUCGCAGAGGUCGUGGCUUCACUGACUUGGCUUGCAAGAUUUUUGAUUGAAGCAAACUUGAAAAUUUGUUGAGAUCGUACAAAACAGGAAUGGUACUACCUAUUAACUUCUACAGAACAAGAAUCAAAGAACCAGUCAUCAUAACAAGAAUAAAAAGUAGUUCAAAUUUAUUAAUUUUCCUUUUUUGUUUUUUGUGUUGUUUCGUGUUGACUUCACGGGUGCUUUCUUUGCUUGUUGUCGUACCUGCAAUGUUUUAAUUUUAUCCCAGAUAAUCAGUGCAUGUUUAAUGUGUAGCGAAUUACAUCAUUUACAGUUGAAAUUUGUCUUCUUUCUUUGAUUUUUUUAACUGUGGAUGAACAUUUGGAGAAUCCAACAACAAUAAAUCUUUCCUGAUUUGGUGAAUUUCAGAAACAAAGUGGUUAAUAACUACCUUACGCUUAUGAUCUUUAAUUUUAUCCCAGCAAAUUCGGCAAAGUGAGGCGAGAUGCAUGUUGGACGUGAAUAUGCAUAAGACUAAUAAAGUUGUUUUGGCCUUGAAAAGAAAAAAGGCAAAGGCUCGAUCUCUCGCAUCAAGGACGAUUUCUCACAUCUGACUCUCAAAUCCGGACAAAUUGUUCUUAACACAUGAUGACUGUGUCCUUUUUUGUGUUCUAACGAAAUCAUAUCAAAGCAAGCUAAAAGUGUCGUCUUUUAAGUAGCUUCGAAAGUGCUCCAACGUCAGGUCUUCUAGCACAUCUGAGGACAUUUAACUUUCGGCAACGUUCGGAAGUCUCGGUAAUUCGUCGGAAAUCUUUAGAAGUCGCCGGGACGUUUCGUGAAAUCUUGGUUAUGACAAGGUGAAAAUCUCACGCAUUUGACUCAGGCAGGUAUAAUAUUGGGACGUAGAUCGUAAGAAGACCAAGAAAACCGUCUCUGAAUCAUCUCAGUAAAACCCUGCAAUUGCCUUUGUAAUGCCCUCAUUCUGAGCAGCCAUCGUAUGCUGGUGCGUUCUCAGAGAAACGUAAAUUUGAAAUCAUAGGUCAUUUGCAGAUGGUACAUGACACACAUGAGAUUUUAAGCGUCUUGCUGCUAAGAUUACGCCUAAAAACGCACAUUUGAUCACAUUAUACGAUGAAAAGAGUGGAACAAUGCUAUUCAAGGCCUUAAGAACAAGUUUUUGUAGAAAAUAAGGGACAAGCAGGUCCUUUGUCAGUUGACAGUAAAACCCAAGGCAAAUGUCAGUAGUCAGUUAAAUUUUCGGCUAUUUGUGAGUUGUCAGUCGUCAGUUAACCCAAUCCAGACCCUCUUCUAGGUUGUCUACUAUCCCCACAUUCAACGUGAUAAACGUUAAUGGAUAUGACAAUUGAGGAAAAAUAUCUAGAACUUCGUAAAAAUCUGUAAAUCGAAAAAAAUUAUAGAUACUUGUUCACCUACCUUGAAAACCGACCAAAAUCUCGCCUACAUCGUGUUGUUUAAAAGAAGAAAUAAGGCACAAAAUGUACUGAAUAUUUCACGAGAAACUUCCAAUAUGGCUUUCGAUACGCUUUCCACUUGAAAAAAUUGUGUAUGCCUCAUGAAAAGUCUUACAAAUAUGCCUGAGAGUCUCGAAACGGUGACUGUGGUCGUUUAGGUAAUCUAUCCGCCAUUUUUCUCGAGAACAAUAGCUCCAUGACGUCACAACUGCCUUUAAAUUUAUUCCGUACUGAUCAAGGCAGAAGAAAAAAGAGAGACUGCUCGUAAUCUAGGGUUGAAUUGUCGCCUGCAAAUUUUCAUUAAUGCUUAUCUUUUCAGGUUCGAGUUUUUGUGUCAUUAAGCCACGAAGAUCAGUCUUCAGUUGUUCAUUCGCCUUCUGCUGUGUGGGCAGAGUCCAUAAGUACAGCAGGAUUUCAGUUAUGCUCGCGUGCAACAGGUUCUACAAAUGACACUGGAAUUAUCAACUGGGUAGCGUUUCAGGACAAACCCAAGUUAACGCAUGGAAGCGUUACAUUUAGUGGAAUAUGGACAACAGAAACCAAGUGUGAGAAGGUGGCCUUUUCUCAGGUUAGAUAACAAUAAUUGAUAACAAGUGUAUAAUUUUGUUAUCAAGGUGUAAAACGUAAUUAAAUAGUAGAAACAAAAGAAAUAGUAUCAGAAAUUAUAGUUCGAAAACAAAUGAUCUCUAGUUCAAUAUCCGGAAUUUGUUCUUAUUGGAACAGGCCCGAUUAUAAUCGGGCCUGGGAAAAUGCAUUGCUAAUAGUCUUGUUAAGCUACCUCUCGGGCUUAGAUUCAAACUUUUCCUUCUAUCGCCUUUAGACAAGCCAUUUUCACGUUUUGCUUUAGAACAUAGUUAAUUGAGUGGAAUGGUUAUGAAACCCGUCAGACUCCUUUGUUCUAUGUUUUUGUGGACCAGAAAGUGCACAAAGUUCAAAAGCAUUCCUGUCAUUUGGAUUGUUUUGACCAAUAAAAACGUUGCAUUAAUAUAUUCUGUAACAAUUUGCCAACAGAAAAUAAAGGAUUGUGCGCUUUCAGGGUGCUUCCAACAUAAACUGCAGCACUGUAAAUUGUUAAUUUAUCAUUGAUCUUUACCACUUUUCAUAACCAGUCUCCCCUAAUAACUAUGUUUAGAAGUAGUGAUUGAAUAAUGCUUGACCGUUUUGAUUGUAUUGAUGUAUCAAAGGAAAUUGGGAAAAUAGAAGUCUAUUUAUUUAAUGAUGUUAAAUUUUUGGCAUUAAACCUAACAAAGUUAGCCGAACAGAAACAUUGCUGUUAGUAGCUUUAUUUAAGUAAUGGGCCAAAUAAGAUGCAUUCAACAACCUUCUCAACACUUCGUAGAAAGAGGUGAAGAGGGGUAGAAAAUUGAGUCGAUGUGAAUAGACAAGUAGUCAAGAUUUAAUUAAUCUGCUCCCAUUAGCCUUUGAUAAAUCCUUAAUUUCAUAAGUGCCACUGAGCACUUCAUUGAUACGAUCAUGUUGAUUUAUAUCUCGAGAAAAUCGUUUAUUUUUUAGUCAAUAGUUUUUCAUAUAUCUAACAUUUUUUUUGCAGAGCUUUGCUUCCAAGCCUCGUGUAUUUGUCUCUGUUAAGUACACUCGCAGUACUAAGCCAAAUGAUGCUAUGUACUUAUGGUUAGAAAACGUCAAUUCUGGAGGAUUUGAAGUGUGCUUAAGGGAAUUCUUGCCCUUUGAUGGAAAGCACCAAGAUGCAGUUGUGGUAAGUGAAGAAAAAUGCUCGAGUAAACUAUAAUAUUAUAAAUAUAAAUAAAUAAAUAACUUGACUUUGCCACACUUCGGCAGCCCGGACAACCAAUUACCUAGAACGUUCGUAACAGUGUCUCACGCAGACAUUUCUUGUUAAAGGAAGUGUCGUUCAAUGCCUGACGUCUUGUAAAUUAAACAUUAUUUUCUUGUCCACAGGACUGGUUCGCAUUCACUGGAAAUGGGAGUCAACUUAAUUUCACAAUAACUGGAGAAGAAAUCUUUCCAAACAGUGGAAAUCCAUCGGCCAAAAACAACUACGGCUUCUGUCAGGUGAAGACUUUAGUUCUAACAAGGACAUUUAGCAAGCCACAGAACAUUUUCAGUGGUUGAGGUCACACUAGAGAAAACUUAAUAUAGUAAACCUAAAUUUACCAGGCCAUGGUGAUCGACAAUGUAUCCAAAAUGGCAAUUCCCAGAUGAACGCGACAUGCUUAUCUCGCGACUUGAAUGUGCGCAUAUUUUGGGAUUUUUAAAUUUCGCGACUUUGCAAGAAUUUUAUAUUUCGAAUCACUUCAAUUUCGCGUUGUUGAGUGGGCGAAUAUUAGAAGUGGGGACUUUACAGACGAUGGGCAAAAAUAGAGGGAGAAGUGAGCACGUUCACAUCCAUUUACUAACUUACAUUACUUUUUUACCUAUUUACAGGAAGUACCUUUCAAUACGACCUUUUACAAAUCGCCAAUUGUGAUUCUUUCCGUAAAUCAUGAGUAUAAUCUUCAGGUCAAGGGAAGCCGUCUUCCAGAAAAUAAUAUAAUAUCGUCCUGGGUUGAGGUAGGUUUAAAUUUUUAUUCUAACCUGAGAAAAAAGCCGGCAUUUCACGCUACGCCACCACUAGUUUUUCCACAAAAUGACGUCUGAUGAACGACGAUAGCAAAAAUUGUAUACUGAUGAUGUGUCAACUGGGCAUGCAGUCAUGCAGUGCUUCUGACUGGUUGAUUAGAAAACUUCCAUUGCGGCACGACCAAUCAGGAGCAGUAUCUUGAUCUGGGAAGUGCAAAGUCAUCAUUAUGGGAUUUCUUCACUCGUUCCACAGACGUCUUUUCAACCAGCAAUUAAUUGUGUCGCGAAAUGGGGUUUUCCUUACUGGAUGAUUAUUCUUGUUCAAUAAGGGAAGAGAAGUAAUCCGUAUAUUCUAGUAAAUUGAUAAAAGGACCGUGAAAGAGCCAUAAGAAACAGAUAAUUUGGAUCUGAUCCGUAAAUUUCAUGACUUGUAUUGUCUUCGUAGAAAUUAAGAAGAAAUUAUGGAUUUUCUAGUAACUGAUGAGUGCUAUCACAUUUUGCUGUAGGACGUUGGAUUAGAAUCUAUGAAGAUAUGCGUUAAAGACCUCAGCGGAUUAGGAUCGAGUCAUGAUCCCUUGAUUGUCAGCUACGCUGUUACUGGAGGUUGUUAAUUAAUUUUCCUAUUGUAAUGAUCACUAUUUCUAGAAUUGUUAUUAUUAUUAUUAUUAUUACUUUUAUUUUUAUUGAUAUCUUUUAGAAGUUUUUAUUUGUAGGAAAACGUUUCAUGAUGAUAGAAUUAACUAAACGCUGGAGUACAAACAAUGAUAAGCUUAUUCAUGUUACACUCUACCUUUGAACGCACGUAAGGAAUGAUGGGAUAAGAGCAAUUAGAGGGCAGACAAGUAAUAAAAUUGCCAAACGAGUAAUCGAGCAAUCGCGGGCGAGUUUGUUUAUUCCCUCAAAAUAAGACGACGAUUCUAGUCAUGCAAAAUGCAAAAUGUAAAGUUCGACAAGUUUUACGUCAUAAUUCCUUGCUGUGAAGACUUCUACUGUGGUGUACUGCAUUCAAAAUCACUUCCACCCAUCUUUUGCGAUUUUCUUUUCAUUUAAUGUUGAAACUUCUUUUCUAUUGUGUAGGUCAAACAAAACUCGACUGCAUUUUUGUAUUUGCAGAUUUUAUCUCUUGUUUGCCCCCUGAGAAACCACGUAACAUUGCUUUAAUUUAUUCCAUCAGCCUUUAGCGCGUGCAAAGAUGGCGGUAUCGUUAAUAACGUCUGCUAACGAUAAAAAUAAUAGGUUGAGUUGCCUGUAUGCAAACAUGUCAUUACUAUUUAGUUUUAAUUCAAAUAUGAAAAAUAUAUUAGAAAUUUAUGUUUUUUCCGAAUGGAUAACUACUCAAUAUUAUGUUUUUUUUUCUUGCUGCAGAUCUUAAUCCUUGCCUUAAUGUGCAUUGCCCUCGAUUUGGAGUCUGCAGGACCUACAGUGCACAUGACGCUCAGUGUGAGUGCGAUGACCAAUGCCCCUCAUAUAAAGACCCAGUGUGCACUGCGAACGGAACAACUUACGACAACCGAUGCUGGCAUAAGUUAAGCUAUUGCAGAGGACUCGAAAAUAAUCUGGUCUACCACCCAGGAAGCUGUGAAGGUAACGAAUAAUGAUUUCAACGAUUUUUUUGGCUGUAUAUGCCACAUAAACUAGUCUGGGAGUUAAGCUCUCGAUCGCUUAGAAUUAUAGUUGUUGGUUCAAAAUUGCAUUCAAUUUGGCUUCUAGCUAUAGGAUGUUUAUAACUUUCCGUUACUUUUAAGCUCACUUCUAGCCCCUCACACAGGCUAAGCAACAAUAGAGAGUUGUAACAAGUUACUUCGUCUCUCUGCUUUGGCAAACAAACACAUAGCAGCCCAGACUAUAGGCGAUGUUUGAUCUGUGUAAGAUCUUUUAUUCUCUUUUGCCUUGCAAUCUAGUUUUUAUCGCGUAAAAUUAGAUUUACACAAAUUUGCUCGGGGAAAAUAUGGUUCAAAAAGUGCAAAAGAGGAGGAAAUCAAAGACAAGGGUGGUAAAUAUCACAUUUACAUACCAGUUUACACGGAGUUGCAUAUUUGAGGGCAAAUGCAGUAUUUAUUAUCUUUGCCCUUGAUUUCAUCCUCUUUUGUAUUUUUUUUUUUUUUGCACCCUAUUAGCACUGAGUAAAUUUGCUGAAAAUCAAAUAUUUCGCGCAGUGGCGCACGCUCCCACGCGUACAUGUCAUCAGGUACGCUUUUGAUUUUUUUUUUUUUUUUUGGCCUCCUCCAGUACUGCAUAUAUGUUUAUCUUUAUACUGGCAUAUGUUUAUCUUGGGCACUGAAACCAGCAACCAGCAUGCAAUAAUAAGCAGCCACUAUACAUUUCGUUGUUGAAAGGUAGCCGACAUUGCAAGUUAUAGCCUAGUUUUAGUUCAAUUUCCACGCUUUUUUUUAUCACCACCCUUCACCACUUAGAGUUACAGUACAACGCAAGCUAACGAAGCUACGACCUCAGCGAUAAUGCUUAAAGAGUACAGUGAUGCUUCCUUAUCAAGUACUUAAUUUAUUAUAAAAACAGGUUUUCCAAUUGUUCGGGGCCGUGUAGAUCUGCUACAGGUUCCAAAAUGGUCAGAUUCAAACUGUCAGACAGUCACAUUUCCUCCAUACCGGUUUUAUCCCGAUAAACAAGUUCAUGUUCAAAUAACCGUCAAUCACAUGAAGCUGAAUGACUCUGUGACAGUCCACGACGCUGUUACUUCAUGGACAGAAAGUAUCAACACAAAAAACUUCACCGUCUGUGUCAUGCAAACCGGAAGGAAAGAAGAAGGUGCGAAUCCAUUUGCCACCAUUGAUUGGGUGGCUUAUCAAGGUGCACCGCCCGAAGGAUUGACGGGAACGGUUGAGUUGCAGAAAUGGUGGUCUGGUACCAACUGCGCAGAUGUGACUUUUCCUACGGUGAGAGAUUAUAUAAUUGAUGCAAGUCCCCAAGGCAAAUGUUAGACUUUCAUUCAUCUGACAGCUUUAAUCCACGCCGUCUUUAAAUAAAAAAAUAACGGAUCAUUACGAGGUGACUAGGAAGAAAAAAGACGAUUGCUACAAUAAAUAACAAGACAAGGUUAGGUAAUAAAUAAGAGGGGGAACUUACUCAGUGAUUAGUUGCGUGUAAUUUUUGCAGCAAUAUUCAUCUUAACAUGACUUCAGUUGUUGUUAUUGUGUUUUUUGGGCUUUUUCUUCAGGGAAAGUUUGCUGAGGCGCCAAUAGUCCUUGUGACGUCAGAGCACCUGAGGACUGGUAAAGAGUAUGAUGCUGCUCUCAUUUGGAUUGAAGACGUAACUAAGGACUCAGUUAAAGUCUGUCUUCGUGAAAUGCAAAACUUUGACGGUAGACACCAAGAUAUCACUGUGGUACGUUCUUAGUGAUUUUCUUAGAAACUGGAACGCGAAUGUCUGCAAAAUUUGUAAGGAUUGUUGGUCUGUUAACCAUAACAGCGCGGUUAAGUUGAAAUGGCGUUGAUAACUUUAAAGAUCGUCCGGGCGAGUGAUGGUUCAGUCGAACGAAGGGAACGGCAAAAAGAAAAACAUAAAAAGGAACAGAAAUAUAAUAAUAACGAAAAGAAGAAAAAGAAGAAAAAAAAACUGAAUAUUAUUACAAGAAGUGAAUUUUAAAUAGCACGCAAAUUGGUCUGCCUUGUCCCCAUGCUUCCCUUCCUGACGGUUUUACGCGAUUCCCCCGAUGUCGUAAAAAAUUGUGGAUUUGCAUCCUUUCCUUGACUUUUUGCGCUCUUUGUUAGUUCACAAAUUUAUAGAGUUCAAAAUGCCUAGGUUCACUGGAAGGGCCCUGAAAAUGCAGUUGAUUUUAAAUAAAUUUUCUGUGGCAUCAUUUUUGUUUUUUCCUCUUUUCACAGAACUGGUUUGCCUUCUCCAAACUGCACAAGCCUCUUUUCACUGAACAUGGCGUCAUAAGUUUUCCAAAUACGAACCCACCUUCGGAUAAAAUGAACAAUGCUUAUUGUGAGGUGAGAAAAGAAUUCUUUGCAAAAUUAUAAGCAUAAGCGUGCUAUUCACAGGAUUUUCCCUCACAAAUAUUUAGCUUACUUACAUCACUGUUUAUAUCUUCAAAACACCUAUAGUCAUAUACACUGUACGUGGUAGAGAUCAAAGUAACCAGAAAAGCUAAGAAGCUGGUUCACAAAAUAAUGUUUGAAAAACGUUAAUCAAAAUAUUAAAAGGGCAGUUCGUUCUGUUAAAAUGAUUAAUCGCAAAUAUUGUUUGUCCAACCGUGACUUCAAAAAUAAACACAACCGAAGGUAACUAAAGUUAAAGGAAACAGUGUUAAACGUUGUAUGUUUCUCUUCCAUGGCAGUUCGUCGCAUUCACGAGAGCUUAUAACUCGACUCCGACAGUGCUUGUCUCAGCCAAUCACAGCACGACAGUAUCUGGGAAUUCAGCACCGAUCCACAACGGAAUUACAACUUGGAUCGAGGUAAAAGUUUCCGUCAUGGGGCGAAUGUGUAGGGAUCGAUGUGUCCUGGCAAAAAAAAUUUAAACCGAAGCUCGACGAAAGAUAAAACUGAACAGAGUCACGCUUGAGGCGAUGUAUAGGUCGAUAAUAGAUGUGGCUCAAAAAUGGACCAAGAAAAUUUGACAUUGCUUAUUGGCUAACUUCAUGUUUUCGAUCGCGAAUAUAAUUAUGUAGGUAUUAUUCAUUAAAGUUUGAAUAAUAUCUUUAAAUACUCAGGCGCCGCGGUGGUCUCAAACUUUAAAUCUGACGGUUCGGGUUUAAACGUUACCGUAGUUUUUUUCUUGGAACAAGAAAUCAUUUGCUGUCUUCAUCAACGGGGAUCAAGGUUUAGCCAGACUGUUUGGGCCUUAUAGCUCCUGCGCCACCAUCAUACCCAUUAUUAGGGAAAAAAAGGAUAUUUUGGAUAACAUUUGAACCUUUUAAUUCUUUUAGCUUUUAUAACUUUGUUAUUUCUAAACCUUCCAAUCUUUUAAUUUUCUAGCGGUCUUUGCAAGCUUUCAUCAAACCACGGGUUUCAGUUACGGCGAAUAUGUCUGCAUUUCUAUGUCACAUAAAAAGACUGUAGGAGAAAGGUUUAAUUUCAGAGACUAUUCUAACAUUCACUCCACGUUAACCCAGUUGUUUAUGGUUACAACUGCAUAAAAUGUACCAGCUACGUUAAGUGUUUAUUUUUUCAGAACAUGAAUACCUCUGGAUUCAGAGUCUGUGUCAAGGAAUUAUACGGGACCAGAUAUGACCCCUUGUCCGUCAGUUAUGCUGUGGUCACAGGUCUGUAAUAAGUACUGAACUCGUUUAUGAAGUAGUUUUUGGCAAACAUCUUACCCGAUUCAUGAGGAAUUAUAAAUACUUUUGAAGUGCUCUAAACUAACACAAGCAUAUGGUUUGCGAGUCAUGCCGAGUGAGAGUCAAGAGAGUUACAAAAUUCCAGUCCCUUUUUGUUCAAAUUUUCUACAUUUACUGCUAGCAGCAGGGUACCAUUUUGAAGUUCUUGUCUCAAAGAAAUUAGGGACCUUAAGAUGUGAGGACGGCGACGGCAGGUAAAACGUCGCUUAAAAAGUGAAUUCGGGGUUUUCAAUCUUCAUCGCGAUUUUUCCAUCUCGCUUACUUUGUCGAAAGUACGCUACUCCUCCUGAAGUUGAAUUCCUAAGAGCCUUAUAACAGUUAAGCCGAGAAAGAGAAGGAAAAUUUCGUCGUUGUUUGUUUACGUCUUCUAAAAAACAUGAAACUAGGCAUUUUCACGUUGUAGUCGUGUAACGACGGCUAAGAAAUGUAGAAAAAAGAGUGAUGGCACGUGCAUAGUUGUCGUUUUGCUAUAAUUAAACCUAGUGCUUUUUGGCCGUUCUCAUUGUCGUCGCCGUCGCCGGAUCUUAAGGUCCCUAAUAACUCAUAAUGAUAGAAGACCUCAGUUGCCGAAAUGAAAACCAUCAUGCAUCGAACAAACGUUAAAAGUUAGUGUUGCUUCAGAAUUUUUACUCUAAUUUGAAAAAGUGAUCCCUCUUUCAUCAUUGUGACACCACCCCAACUCUCCUCAAGAUAAGAAUAAUGAUGAUGGUCUACUCGCUGCCCCGAAAAAAACGUUAAUUAUUUUUAAUUAUCUUUUCUUAUCACCCUUGCAACAAUACUCCUACAAAAGUGCCGCUAUGGAUAAACAAUAUCUAUCAAUCCGACCAUAAUCAUAUUUAUUAUAUAAUAAUUUAUACUGAUAUCAGCAAUCUAAAUCUUUUCUUCUUUUUACAUUUUGUUAGAUAUUUGUGAUCCUGGCUGGAACUAUUUCAAUGGCUUUUGCUAUUUCACAAGUAAGACUUGUCAAAAUUGGACCACAUCACUGGAUAAAUGCCGACAAGAAAACUCAGUUCUCGUUGAUGUCAAAAACAAUGAAGAAAAUGUGUUUUUACAGCAUCUUCACAAUGGAGCAAAAUCCUGGCUGGGAAUGAAUGAUAUUUUGACAGAGGGCUCCUUUACUUGGGCAGAUCGUGGUACUGGGAACUUUACAGCUUGGGCCAAAAACCAACCCAACAAUUUUCGAGAUGAAGACUGUGUACAUACACUUGGUGUUGAAUACAAAUACAAAUGGAAUGACGUGAAAUGCAGUGACUGUCAUCAGUAUACUUGCAAGAAAGGUAUAGUUUUUCAUGUAUGUUUACGUGUAAGGUUAUGGUCAUAAAAAGAGAUUAUUAUCUCUGAAAAAUUACAUGAUUAAAUGAUAUCUUGUCAUUAAACAGAGACAAACGAAACAGUUAAAAAAAAAAUAACUAAGUGAUGCAAUGAGUGAACUGAUGGAUAUUUUGCGGUAGGUCAUCCUUGGUGUUAAAACCUGUGACGUUUUUCUUUGUUUUCUAUAUUGUAGCUACUAGUUAUAGCUAUCGCUAAGUGCCAACGAGCAAAGCUUUUACUUAUUGUUGGUUUUCACAUGACGUCACUAAAAUUCAAACUAAAAAACUAUCGAUCCUACCGUGAUUUUGCUUUCACGAUGAAUUAGAGCAGCUAAAAACUAAUUUUCAUACAAAUUUUCGCUUCAAAAGGGUUCUUGGUUUUGUGAUAGAGUACGCUUGAAUUUCUAAGCUUUUGCGUGACGCGGCAUUUACAUGACGGCCAAGAGAGCUGUCAUGUAGGUUAAAAAAAUUACUUAUCUCAGGAAAUUUUGCUAUCUAAACAGUUCAUGUAUUAGAAAAAGCAUUACUUUAAUGAAUGAGUUUCUCAAAGAAAAAAUUCGCGCUUCCGUAGCAAAACUCGGUAACAGAUGUUUCUGUUGGUUUCCGUCCGCCAUGUUGGAGUUCAUCCAGGUGAACACCAGCAAGGCGUCUCCAUACUAUUUAAAUCUCUAUAAGUUUGGGUAAAACGUUUCUUCGGAUAUCUCGAGCUCGUAUACGAAAUAUUCCUCUGACCUGAAUCUUGGCGAGGGUCUCUGUAUAUGUACCUCCUUUCAUUUCGCAGAUCUGGACUUUAUCUAUUGAACGGUUUUGAUUUUGAUUUUGAUCUAUUUUGAAUGGCGUGACACUUAAAACCAGCAAUACGCGCGCACUGUUCAGUGUUUUUAGAAAUGUCAUGAAUUACAGUAAUUUAUAAAAAAUAGAUUGUUAAUUCGAUCGCAUAAGCGAAAAUUACCUUGAGACGGGUGCGAACUUAAAGCAAGGGGCACUCAUAUACCAUCCUACUGCCAGGCGAGUACCUCACGCAUGAGUACAGUCCUAUCACUAAUAAUUACUGAUCCUCAUUAAAUUCUAUUGUUCUCUCUCUUCAUCAAAUCAACGAUUGCAGUCUUAAAGAUGCCAAAACAACUGUCUGUGGAAAACGGGAGCGGUCCUUUUGUCAGUAGGGAAAUUAUCAGGGGUAAUAUAUACUAAACGCGCUAAAUAAAACACCCUACAAUAUUUUUAAUAUUGCAGCCUGUUUUAGAAAAUUUAAUGUGUACAUUGCACUAUACCUGAUAAUUUAGAAUGUUGUCAACAGCACCGUUUGGGUCGAACUCUCGUUCAUUGUAACUCAAUUUUUUGUUUCGAAGUGCCACUUUAAUUAACUAAAACUUUCAAACACUGAAAAUAAAUCGAAUCACGGAGACUGAUGGAGGGCAGUUUAUUGUAUCAUUUUCGUCAUAAGUUUAUUGAUACGAAAUAACAAUUUUAGUGCAAUUUGUGCUAACAACUCGUCUGACAUCUCGUCUAUAUCUUCUUCAAUUACUGGAUCGCCACCGUAAUCUUGUAUCAAAAGCGCUUCAUUUCUCUGCUUCUUCCACGGCAUUGCAAAGACGCCCAUUUCCGGCGGCUGGCGUCUGAUACCCAGCUUUUGUCAGACUUCUCGCAUUCUGAAGCUGUAAUUGGCGAUAUAAAUCUUCGCUCUAUUUUAAAAUGAAAAUGGAAAAGCCGCCUUUAGAGGUAGAUAAAGAAGUAAAGCACUGCCAGAAAUGACUAAACGUUACACGCGAUUACCUUCGAUUUAUGCUGAAAUAUCUGUGUUCGUAGAGGUCUGUGUGAUAAAUAAUGCUUCGUCUUCCGAGGAAUCCAUCUCCUUUCAAAACUGAGGCUUGUACUGAGCAGAAUGACUGAAUUCUCUGGGUUAUAAAGAAUACAGAUUUGCAGUGUUACACGCCUUGCACGUGUUAAUUUCAUUGUUGGAAUUGUUUUAAACAACUAUAACAAUGAACUACAAUAACAACCCUCGGCUUCACUAAAAUCGAAGAUUCAUCACAAAGAAGGAACAAUAGGAUUUGAAGAGCAUCACAAUUGACCACUCCAGAAAAUACCAUAACAUACCAUAAUGCUCUUUGUUUGUCACCCCAAAAUUUUGCAUAAGCAUUGUCUUCAGUUUCUCUCGGGAGUUAAAAUGGCCCCAAAAGAAACUGAAAACAAUGCUUAAGGUGGCUCGAUACAGUUUUUCAGGGUCAAUACCUCCCAAGUUUGAGCGUAAACUACGUCGCCAUUUACAAAGAUUUGGAGAAAUUAACACCACAGUUGUCUUAGAUAAAGAUGAAACUUUGUUAUGAUCAGGGUUGCAAUGACAUCGGAGUUGACAUAGCAACGAAAUGACGCCAUUACCUAUUUUACUUACAGCAGUAUUUCUCGGCACUGGGAACUGUUCUUCCAAAAUCGUUCACUGGAGCUUUUUCUUCCAAUAGCCGCCUCGAUGUUCGUGAAGUUUAAGCGAAAUCUGUAAGAGCGUUAUCGUGAUAUUUUGGGAAGAAGUUUUUAUGGUUAGAAAUAAGGUAAAAAAUUGAUAAUCUUGAUGUUCGACUGUUAUAUGUACUAAACGAAGCGCUUUUAACAAAAAUACUGUUUAAAUCUUUUUAAAAAUGAAAAUCAUGGAGAUUGCCGAUUGCUAGAAAGAAGGAUUUGAUUGGUGUCAGGGCGUUCUUGUUAGCGGUAAUGUAAAAAUUUCAGUCUACUUUUAAAUAAGCGAAUAAUUUUUAAACCGCUCGAUUAGUCCUUUUAUAUGACCUCUUAGUUUCAAGACUAUUGAUAUAUUGUAAUAAAGAAUUUGAAAUUUGUGUUUGAGGGUAUUUUAUAUAGCAAGUUUUUUCAAAUGAGAUUUACUGCUGUUUGAAAAGAAACUUUUCGUGGUUUUGUCCGAAGUUGAGCGCAAUAUCAUUUUGGGUAAAAUUUAGUGGUCUUAUCAAAUCGUUCUUUCAAACUUAGAAUCCAUUUUAAAAAAUUUCAUAUCAAAGUCCGCGAAUAUUUCAUCGUCGCCCCAAAAUAGGCUUAAAUUUGGUCUCCAGUAAACGAUUUUGGAAGAAAAGCUAAGUGCAAAAAUUAUGGUGUGCCGUUGAAGAAUUCAACGUCAAUUUUUUCCAAAUUAUUUUGCUCAAACUUCAAAAAGAAAAAAAAUUCGCGGCGUUAUUUUUCGUGCAACUAAAAUCGACGAUCCAACACAGCAGAACAAGGAUCAAUAAUUAUAAUGGAUAAAAGACCAGAACUAUUGUGGGUUCUACUGCAUAAAAAUUUGCUUUAUAUAGCAGUUCGUGGUUUUGUCCGAAGUUGAGCGCAUAUCAUUUUGGGUAAAAUUUAGUGGUCUUAUGUUGAAUCCUUGAAAAAUCAAUCAAAGUCCAUCGUACAGGAUGAUUGGUUGAAUGACAAAAAAAAACGUUACGAAGGAUGAACACUGUAUGACGAUGAUUGGUUGAAUGAACACGAAGGAUGAACACUGGACUCACAAACACUCACACGACUCGUGGAUUCUCUGUUCUGUACUAUCAAGUGUUCCCUCGAAAAUAAUGCAUUUUAUUAUAUAUGUACUGAGAUUUACUGCAAAAUGAAUAUGUCAAAUAAAAAUGAUGCGUUGUAGAGUACACACAAUCUGAUUGGUUGUACGAUUAUUCUCACUAGUGAAAAAUACCGUAUGACCAAUCACAACCCGCAGACGAAAGUUUUCACUAGUGACAAAAAUCGUAUCGAUUUUCCCGCCUUUCACUGACGGCGUCACUAGGCAAAAGGAAAACCAUGGCGUCUUCUUCGAGCAAUUCAAGGUUUGCAGAUAUAACUUCAGUAGAGGAAUUUAUUGAAGGACAAGAAAACGAAAACACCAGGAAGAAAACUGAACAGAAUGUUGCUUUGCUUAAGGAGUUUUUGAGGCUAAAAGAUGAGUCAAGGCCUGUAGAAGAAAUUCCCCCACACGAACUGAGUUCAUUCAUCAGCGAAUUUAUCAUAACAGUAAGAAAGAAAGAAAACAACGAAGAUUACGAACCCACUUCCUUGCGUGCUAUGAUGGCCAGGUUUGAACGGUAUUUAAAGAAGAAGAAUUACGGCUACAGCAUUAUGAGAGACGUCGAGUUUGAAAAAGCACGAACGGCAUUAAAAUCAAAACAAAGAGAUCUCAAGAAGAAAGGCAAAGGCGAUAAACCAAACGCUUCAGUUCCCCUCACAGAAGAUGACAUAAAACUGCUGUAUGACAAAGGAUUGUUAGGAAAGUCAACUCCUGAGGCUCUACUGAAUACAGUUUGGUUCAACAACACAGUCUAUUUCGGUCUCCGUGGUUGUAAGGAACACAGAGACAUGUGUUGGGGGGAUGUGCAACUACGCCAAACUACAAAUGGCGAGGAAUUUUUAGAGUAUACUGAGAGACAAACUAAGACUCGAACCGGAGAAAAUCCCAGAGAUGUCAGGCAAAUAAAACCGAAAAUGUUUUCGGUUCAGGGAAGUGAAAGAGAUCCCGUCACUGUUUACAAAUUCUACGCGGAGAAAAGAUCGUCGGAAAUGAACGACAACAACGCGCCAUUUUAUCUAGCAGUAAAUAACUGUAAAAAACAAGAUUCUUCUAAACCAUGGUUUAAAAAGUCAGCCGUUGGCGUGAACAAGCUGAAUUCGUUAAUGAAAAAAAUGGCAGAAAAAGCCGGGCUGGGGCCCAAUGUAAAGAACCAUAGCGGUCGCAAAACAAUGAUCCAAACUUUAACAAACAACGACAUCCCAGCGACAGAUAUUAUUCAACUGUCGGGACAUAAAAAUCUUCAAAGUGUGACAAAUUAUUCUGUAGUUUCUGAAAAACAGCAAGUAAAAAUGUCUCGUACUUUAAGUGAACUGAUGUCCGGGAAUGUGCAUAGCUUAGAGAAAACUAUAAUUCAUCUCAAGUUGGAGAAUGCUCCACUGAUCCUUCAGCUAGCUCGGCGGGUCGCUCGGCGGCAGAUCAUCACCAACAAGCGAUGUCGCUUUUCACGGGCGCUGUUAUUCAUGGAGGUCAAUUCAGCAUUUCUAUUAACAGCCUCAAUCAAUCCCCGAAUUUGGCAAUCCAAGAAGUUGAGGUAAAGUCUUCUCCAAAGAGGUACAAAAGGCUAAAAGUACUGGACUCUGACUCUGAUUAGAAUGCAUGCAUUACUAUAAUUAGAUUUACAAAACAGUCAACUUUUUCAAAUUUUAUAUCUUAGUUACGGUUUUGAACGGCGAUAUUUAAAGCUGAAAAUUUUCAUUGUUAUUUAAAGUUAAAGAAUCGUUUAAAAGUAGACUUUGUUCCACUUUCUUCAGAGUCAUUGAAUAACUUUAAUGUUGUAGGAAGUUUUGUACGUUCAGUUUGCUCGAAUAAAAUCAUUCGCAACUCGUUGUGGUCUUUGUGUUGAUUUCACCGCGCAAUUGAUAGUUGUUAACAUUAUUUUGUAAUAUCUCAGUACAUAUAUAAUAAACAAAUUACCUCAUGGUUGGUUCGCUUGUACGAUUUUUAUUCACUCGUUGUGAAGAAUCGCAAACUCACUCGUUCGCUGCGCUCACUCGUUCGUUUUCGAUUCUUCACAACUCGUGAAUAAAAAUCGUACGCACUCACCAACCAUGAAGUAAUCUCUAUCUCUGUUCUGCAUUACGUCGUAAAUGUCGCCUUACAUUACUACAUGUUACAUCGAUUCGAGUUUGUUUCUGCCCCUGGAACAGUAUCUCGCACGGCCCUAUUGAGCUUGCGCCUCUCAGUCUCGCGUCUUUGCGAGGAUGCUUGUUUAAGCAAUUAUUUCCCUUGGCUCUAUUAUGUUGACUUGUCAGUGGCUUCUUUGUAUUAAUUGUUUUACGUCACUCGUGAGUUUCACAGGUUUUUACACCGCGCGAUGACCCGCUGUAGUUCAAUUUUGUCCUUGGUUUAAAUUUUAUUUCCCUUUUUUCAAACUCAUUAUCAUACCUGAAUAACAUACCCCAAAAGAAUGAAUAAAAUAAAUUAAACCAUAGAUGAAACUGAACGACAACUGAAAUAAAUGAGUAAAUGACAAGCUUAUGAACAAUUCUUACUUUCAAAAUUCUUAUAUUUAUUAGAUUAAACGCCGGGGCGUUUAUUAAAUUUUUCGUUAUUCGAGUGCGGCGUUUAUUUAAUAGCCAUUUAUUUCUUGCAAACAAUAGUAUGGUAACUGAGCAUUUGAACUGUAAAAACAGAAACAUGUUUCAGGGGUGUUCUGACUAAAGUCAUUAUCUAUAUCUUUCUCAAUUUCACAGUUGCAUGUUAAUAUACUACUGGAAUACAUAAAGUGAAUAAAGUUAAUUAUAUUCCUUUGAGCUUCGAAUGUACUGAUCUUAAAGCAUCGUUAAAAUCAAAGAAAAUGUUUUUUUCAGGCUUAUUAUUUCAUGCAUUUACUUUUUGAGUCUAUUAUAGGAAUAAACACCGCAUCAUGACGUGGCGUUUAUUCGAGGGCGGCGUUUAAUCGAAUAAAUACGGUAAUGAAAGAAUUGAUAGCUGCUCUAAUUGCAGUAACUAAACAUGGUAUCUUUCGUACAUUACAGAUCUGAAUGAGUGCAGCAGGGACAAAUAUUAUUGCCAUCGUUUUGCCACCUGUUCGAAUAAUCGUGGUUCCUUCACUUGCACUUGUAACCUUCAACAAGGUUUUAUUGGGGAUGGCUUUGAGUGCAACUUAAAUUAUGCAAGUAAGUGAACUUAUGCAAAGAAUUAAUUUUACAAUGCCGAAGUUUUAAGAUCACGAGAAGGGCAAUUUUGGAUCAUUUUCAACCACCGAGAAAAGGGUUUAGAAACAAGGACAGGAAAUGUUUUGUAAAAUUUUUAACUAUUAAUCUGUAAUAUAAGAAACCAGUUUUAAGUUUGCAUGCCUUCUGUUACAAGCUGACUUUAUAUGACAAAUGAAGGGGUGUUGGAGCAACUCGCUCCCUUGACUUAGAGGUACCAGGUAUCUGGGCCUAGUUGUUCGAAGGCCGAUUAGCGCUUAACCCAGGGUUAAAUUUAACCAGGGUUUCUAUUUCUUUUGUUCAAAAGCAUUUUAAUUUCUCGGAUAAUUUUCUCUGUUAUUUUUAAGAGCAUCCAAUCAUCAACUUGUUUACAAAAAGAAUAAAACUGAAAUUACUCUCUAAGCUUUUAUUUCUGAAUUCAAAUUUCGCACAAAUUACUCUCUAAGCUUUUAUUUCUGAAUUCAAAUUUCGCACUAACCCUGAGUUAUCUUAACUCAGCUUGAACAACUCGGCCCUGAUUUACAUUAGCUUACAUUUUGCGAUUCUUUAUUUUUCGCAGCAGCUCUAUCAUAUGUUUUCUUCUAAAGCAUCACUUUCCGACUGCUGCUGAACAUAACUACAACAUAACCGCACUCCACUCUAACUACGCAAAUAUUGCGAAAAAGGCUUAAUAAAUAACUUAACGUUCGAGCUUGCUGACAAUGAGAGUAACGAACGCACUUUCCUGAUGAGUUUAGGGAUUUCCUGUUGAUCACCAAGGUGGAAAAAGUAAAGCUAUAAGGUAUGAUAAUGACAUGAGCAAGAAACCAAUGAAAGCUUGACAGCUGAUACCACCGGGCUCUACCGUAAACCAAAACAGGAACUCUGAUGUAGGUAACAAUCACGGUCAGCGAUAAUCCCUAAACGUGCCCAAUUCAGGGCCUGACACUCAAAUUUUAACAGAUGACAAUUAUGUUGAAAAACUACUAAGAAAGGAAAAUAAUAGAAUUGAAAACCUGUCGAUACAAAAUAUGGAUGAACCUUGAUCUGCAAACCUGAUCAUAACGAGACUCUAUAAGGUACGUCAAGUGCAGACAUGAAAUAUGCUAAAAUAACCAACAAAAUACGGCUUUACAACAGAAAAUGGGACAUAGCAGUACAGCUGUACCUCUUACUUUUCCCUUUUGUCGAGAAUUUUUCCGGUACCUUAAGUAAACAAGUGUUGGGACCCGAGGAGACCAUACCUCGCGCGUCUCAGUCAAAUCUUGAAAACUGGAAUAGUAAGUGACAAGAAAUAAUUACUCUCGACAUAUCAUAAAGAACGUAAAUGCAACCUCACCUGAGAAACAGGUUCUGAAAGGUAAUUAAAGCAAAGCCUGCGUGAAGUUCCCAAAACUCCCGGCCGUUAUGCGACGCUUUCCUCGUGCCAACCAAAAAUAAAUAAACAAACCAUCAAACAAGAUCUGAACAGCAAAAGAAUUUUGAUACCUUUGUCUUUAUUUGUAAUCUCUCGAUGAGCGUUGUUUAUAUUAUUUUGGGAUGGUUUUUGAUCGUCAAGGGGACAUUACAAGUUUGGUAUGAAAGGACUCAAUGAUUUCAGCUAUUUCAGCUCUGUUUAGGAACAACCUGUUAACUUAGAAAAGAUGCAUGAAAAACAAGUAAGGGUAAUCUGAGGGAGCAAUCUCAGACUCUUGUACAGUGAUUCAAAUUUUGGUGCAAGUUUACAACAAAAAUGAUCAGUCAUUCGGACCAGCUUUCGAGUUCUAGUAUGCCCUGCUAUGGUAAAUUUAUACGCCAAAGUUAAUGAUAGUUAUGGUAAUAAAAUAAUAUUAGGAAUAACUAAAUCCUCAAUUUGUCUUUUAUGCUGUUCUUUGGCAUCUUAUUCAGCUACAUUCCCUGUUGGAAUGGUGGAACAAUUUUGGACCAACUCCCCUCCUUCUGUCGGUGUUUUUUCCUCAUAAUUUACAUGUUCCGGGUGUGGUGUUGCUGAGGGUGUGAUUGCCAAAUCCCUGCUGCAAAAGACUGAAAAGACACCGAAACUGAAUGCAUAAAUGAAACCAUAAGCAGUCCUGGAGAUAUCCAUUUCAGGAUAUAAGUAUCGUGCGUUGUGAUUGGUUGAGAUCAAAACCAAAACAAAGUUAAUCUGGCCAAGAGCUACUGGAGAUGAGUAGAAGUGAAACAUUUUUUUAUUGCCGCCACUUGUAAUGCGGCUAUCGGCCAAAACGAAAUUAAGUAGUACGAAAUCACUGCACAGAAAGAUAGCAUAAAUAAGACAAUUUAAUUCAGCAAACACUUUUGCACUCUGGAAGAGUGGAGCGAAUUCUUCACAGUACAAACUCAUCAUAUAAACGUCCUGAUCCUCGAACCGAAGCCAGAUAUACAAUAUGCCUGAAACAGGUCAGCUUCAUGACCUCUCAACGUGAGACCAGCCGCAAAAAGAAAAUUCGCUGUGGUCAAGGUUUUCAAAACACUAAAUGACCGGCGGUCCUAUAUGUUCUCAGUAAAUUUCACAAAUCGAAAAAACUAUUUUAAUCGAUUAAAAAAGUCAAGCGAUCCUGAAAUGCUUCUUAAAUGUCAAGUUUAGCGUUUGGUUCACGCUGGGCUCAGAAAACGAAACCAUGUUUGGUGACACUUGGAACUUUUUUCAGGUCGACCGCCGGUCAAGGUUUUCAAAACACUAAAUGACCUGCAGUCUUAUAUUUUCAGUAAAUUUCACAAAUCGAAAAAUUACCAGGAUCAGGAUCUCGACAUAUGAUAGUUUCAGAGUUUAGCUGGAUUUUUAGCUAGAGAGGGUGGCUUUGGGCAAAUGAUUCAUCGGUCCCCAGAAAGGUCACCUCAGGUCUCCCAGGAUGGAUUUUUUUUGUACAGUGCACAGGCCUCAUUUUCUUGGCCGCUCGUUGAUCUGGCGACGCUACUUCGGCAAGCGUGUUCUCGGUCUUUUUGCAUUAUAUCCUUCGAAUUUGUCAAAGUCUGUAGGAUCCGUUUCUCUAUCUGGGAAAGCUUCACUGGUUUCUGUAUCGGCUGCUAUCCUAUUUCUACGAUCCUGGCAUGUUUAUUUUCCGUUGGAGUUCGAAUUUCGUGGAAAAAGUUGUGUUGAAAGGGAGUAUGGCGGCGAAAAUGGCGUCUAGUGUAUCCUACCUUGUACAUUAUUAUUGUAUAUAGAGUGAAUUUGAACAAAUUAUCACGAAACUUCGUUGGAGCAUUAAGGACAACAAUGACUAACCGCAGAGUAAGUUUUAUUGAUCUUUAUUUAGUAUUUCCUAGAAAUUUUAGGAUCGUAUUUUUACCCCAUACAAAGACUGUAAUUUUACUGGAACCGUACUGUGGUACUAUCACAGAGCCUGGGUUACCUGUGCACCCAGCAGUGCAGGAAAUCAUCACAUUCACGGACAAUAGUCCAGUUUCGAAUUAAAAAUUACCGCUGAAUACAAACAUUAACGACACAUUCAUACAGGGUUAGCCUCGACGUAAAGUAAAAUAUUCAGAAAUUCUGGCAAGUAAGUGUUUGGAAUUUGAAUAUACACAAAAGGCAGAGUAAUAAACAGGCCUUUUUCUCGUUGGAAUUUGUGAACAUAUUACUUCAGAUGGAGGCUAAGGCUGUAAAAAAUGCGUCGUCACUUCUUUGCUUCAGCGGUCAUACCGAACUCGAGAAUGGACUAUGACAAAGAGCAAAGGAAAUGACCUGUAAAUGCCACACAAACAACAGCAAAGAUAAGACUGAUUCGCUCAGUUAAAGUUUGGAAUCCUCCACAGCUUAAUCUACGGAUUUUGGAUUUAAGAACUAAUAAAAAUUUGCAACGCCUUGCAACACGAACAAUUCACGAACAAAUAAGGCGCGUAAUAUCGGCGUCAUUUUCGAUAACACCGUAACGAUGUCUUUUCAUAUUAACAACAUAGUUAAAGUGGCAUUCUACCGCCUUAGAAAUAUAGCUAAGAUUCGUAAGUAUGGCACAACGGCUGAAGUUCUUGUGCACGCAUUCAUAAAUUCGAAGCUGGAUUUCUGCAACUCGCUUUUACAUGGUCUUCCCAAGUAUGAAAUUAACAAACUGCAAAGUGUCCAAAACGCUGCAGCGCGCGUGAUUACCUGCUUACGUAAGUUUGAUCACCUAAGUGAUACUCUAAAGGAGUUGCACUGGCUACCAGUGGAGCAAAGAAUAACCUUUAAGAUUAAUCUUAUUUGUUUUAAGAUACUCAUCAAUUUAGCUCCUGAUUAUUUGGUUGACCUAAUCCCUGUUUAUGACCCUGCGAGGUACCUUCGCUCAUCUUCAGACAAGUGGCGUCUUGUUAUUAAACCUUAUAACUUAAAGACCUACGGAUGAUGUAAAUGACGAGACAUUCAUACAGGGUUAGCCUCGACGUAAAGUAAAAUAUUCAGAAAUUCUGGCAAGUAAGUGUUUGGAAUUUGAAUAUACACAAAAGGCAGAGUAAUAAACAGGCCUUUUUCUCGUUGGAAUUUGUGAACAUAUUACUUCAGAUGGAGGCUAAGGCUGUAAAAAAUGCGUCGUCACUUCUUUGCUUCAGCGGUCAUACCGAACUCGAGAAUGGACUAUGACAAAGAGCAAAGGAAAUGACCUGUAAAUGCCACACAAACAACAGCAAAGAUAAGACUGAUUCGCUCAGUUAAAGUUUGGAAUCCUCCACAGCUUAAUCUACGGAUUUUGGAUUUAAGAACUAAUAAAAAUUUGCAACGCUUUGCAACACGAACAAUUCACGAACAAAUAAGGCGCGUAAUAUCGGCGUCAUUUUCGAUAACACCGUAACGAUGUCUUUUCAUAUUAACAACAUAGUUAAAGUGGCAUCCUACCACCUUAGAAAUAUAGCUAAGAUUCGUAAGUAUAUCAAUGUCACAACGGCUGAAGUUCUUGUACACGCAUUCAUAAAUUCGAAGCUGGAUUUCUGCAACUCGCUUUUACAUGGUCUUCCCAAGUAUGAAAUUAACAAACUGCAAAGUGUCCAAAACGCUGCAGCGCGCGUGAUUACCUGCUUACGUAAGUUUGAUCACCUAAGUGAUACUCUAAAGGAGUUGCACUGGCUACCAGUGGAGCAAAGAAUAAUCUUUAAGAUUAAUCUUAUUUGUUUUAAGAUACUCAUCACUUUAGCUCCUGAUUAUUUGGUUGACCUAAUCCCUGUUUAUGACCCUGCGAGGUACCUUCGCUCAUCUUCAGACAAGUGGCGUCUUGUUAUUAAACCCUAUAACUUAAAGACAUACGGAUGAUGUAAAUAAGUUAAAUCAAAAUUGAAGACCUUUCUUUUUAAGCGAGUUUACGAACCAUCUUAGGUUUUUUAUUUUGUAUUUUUGUAACUAUGUAUAUAUAUGUAAAUGAUUUUAGGAUUUUUAUUUUUUAUCCAGACCUUUUUGAAGCAUUGUAAAGCGCUUAGCACUGAAAAGUAUAAGCGCUAUAUAAAUAUUUAUUAUUAUUAUUAUUAUUAUUAACAAUUUCAAAUUAAACGAAACCAAGGAUCAGUUUAGAAUACCAUCCACGAAACGCUCACACAUUGAACCAGUAAUGGCCCCGAAAAUUACACACGUCACAGAUUUUCAAAGGCCUUGCAUAUGUUUGUUUGAAUAAACAACAAGCAAAUUUACUCUAGUAUCUAGGAGUAAUUUUUUCAAACCAGAAAAAAUUAUUUCACACCUGAAAUUUGCAAGAAUUCAAAGAUCACUCCACUCAGAAUGCAUGAAAAUCACAACUGCAUGUUUACAUCACGUUCGGGGGUCUUUCUCUGGGUUGCAGCGACGCACGCCAUCUUUCUUUGUUUCACAUGUUCUUCUGAUGGUCCUUUACAAAUAACGCGUGGUCUCAUGGGACUUGAAAGGAAACAAAAUAAUGGCGGCGCAAAAGCGUUGCAAAUACUGAUUUUUCUUUGAAGGUCCAACAUGGAAUUAUCAGUGACGUCAUCAUAUAUCCAGAAAUGGAUAUCUCCCGGACUGAUAAGAAAAAUGUUAAUAAAAAUGUUAAGUUUCAUUGUUUUUCAGUGGAUAAAGCCUCAAAAAAUGAGGCACUAACUUAAAGUACAAAAAACUGGACACCUGUAUACAAUUUUACAGGGUCCCAUUUUCAAAGUGAUCAAAAUAUCUCGAAACAAAAUUACUAAAACAACAAGACAUUCCUUGCAAAAAAACUAAUGCAAAUUCACCACGACUAACAAAUUCGAAAUUUAAACUUCAAUUGGACAUGACAGACUAAGUUAGCUUAAUUCAAACUCGUUCCGACUGUAAGAAAACAAGACAGUCUAUAUUCUGCAACUGACUCAACAUUGCUUUACUUUUAAGUGCUACUUUUCUUCGUCAACUUCAUCCUCGCAAGGCAAUUUAUUGCAUAUAGCCCCUACAUACAUUCAGAAUCUAGUUUCUUUGAAAUCGCAAAGCAGAUAUAACUUCAGAUUGUCUGGUUGGAUGUUUUGCUAGCGUCGACAACAAUAAGAAGUAAGGUUCAGCCGUAGGUGGCUGCGCCCAAGUUAUCGAAUGCUUUAUAAGACCCACUCUUUAAGAUCUGCUUAUUGUGAACUGAAUUUUUACCAAUUACAUAUCAACAUUUCAGAUUUUUUAGUGUAGUAGUGUGUAUCUAGCAGGAUUUCUAAAAACGUUAUCGCCGAAUGGACCUUUUGCGCCCAACAGUUUAAUUUUCUCCGCCAAAAACUAUCUCCAGAGUAGCCGAUUAUAAAAACUACGAGCGCAGCCAUUGCUUUUUUUCCCUUCUCCUCCUUUCCUUCUCCUCGCUGUUUCUUUUCCUCCUUCCCUUUUCCUUCGUUUCUGUAAUUUUGGAGCAUCUCGGACUUAAGAAACCUGCCUUUUGACACAUUUCACUCAAAUGACUCCAAAUUUCGUUAGGUUGGUUUUCAAAAAAUAGGUUACAUAUAUUUCUGUCAUAUUUUGUUAUUAUCAUAUCAUUAUUUGUUUUCGUAUUGUAAAUAGAUUUUUAAUGUUUUUAUUACCUGUUAAUGUAAGGCGCAUUUAAUCAUUGUUAUGGAUACUUGCGCAAUCUAAGUGGAUAAAUUAUUAAUUAAUAUUGAAUAAUAAAAAAUCUUUAAUAUUUAAGUAUCAGAACAAUAAAUAAUAUUUACAGUUUCAAAUUAUGUCUUAUUGUUUACAAAUUAAAAACUAAAUAUAUGUCCACGAUAGAAAACUAUUUACAAUUGUGAAUAAUUUAAAAGUGGGAAAAGGAAAAUCAAGCAUUACUAAGAAAAAAACUAUAAAAAAAAAAUUCUAGGCCUAAAAUGCAGAUGUAGACCAGCUACAGCGAAAGUGAAGUCUUCUGAGGCCUCACGUGAUUUGAAUGGAUAUCUAGAACCUCUGACGCAUCUGUGUACAGUUCUUAAUAUAGCAAAUGAGAGCUGUAUUCGAAGCCAGGAAAUAACGCUGGCGUAGUGUUCAUUGUUUUUAGUCGAAAGCUUAUUUGCGAGAGUUCUUAAAAAGUUCUGACAGUCGAGUCCCAUGCCCCCGUUUGUACCAAACACAAGUGGUGUAAAAGUUCCCAUCUCUACAUCCAUCACUCUCUGGUUGUAUUUCCUCUUCUUCUCGUUUUCUUGCUCUUUGAAGAUCGUAGCUGUGCACUUGCCCUGGUUGAACCGGGAGUUAACAUGCGUUACGCGUACGUCAAAGAAUGCCGUUACUCCUGGUGUCCAAAAACCUCCUGCUUUCAUAUCCAGCCUCGCAGUCUCGACUUGUAACAGUGGACUGAAGGUUGAAUACUUCAUUGUCGAGUGGUUGCAGGAGUGGCUCUGUCUCCACGUUUCUGCACACUUUACUGAUGUGUGAUGUCAGAAGAUCUCGGAUUGUAUCAUGUCUCUGAGCUACAAAACCUCCCUUCUUACAUGACAACGCAUGGUUGACAGUAAACAUUUCUCCACAAGCACAGUAAUUAGGGAGUUUCGGCAGAGGGAGGUUGUAGCGAAGGCAAAGGGAGUCCCUAAACUCCUGCUUGUUCAAAUCCAGUCCGUGUUCUUCGAUUGGGAUAGCGUUCAGCCACGAGCUGACUCCCUUGUCCCUUGUCCGUUGCACCGCUUGGAGUAGAUCAGGAGAUAAGGACUCGUCAAUCCUGUCAAUCCGGGACUUGGCAGCGGCUCUCCUUUUAGCAUUGAUUUCACACUUCCUUUCCUCCAUCAGCUCUCGUGCUGGAAUGGUGGAGCUCUGAUAUUUAAUAUUGAAUUGACGUUUUUAACUCGUUUAGGAAUUUAAAAUAGUAUUCAUUGAAGUAGACUCAAGUUAACUUGGUACUGUUGUAGUUCUGAAAAAUGUGUAUCUAUAUUAACGAUUUUGAGAACAACGCAAGAAAAUAAAAUUUUAAAGUGUCCUUCUUUGUUCUUCGUUAUGUUUUUUUUUAGGCCUCGGAUAAAGGCAACUUCCGGUCUUAGGCUGUUUUCUAAAUCCGGUUAAAUUAAAUGGCUCUCUACAUCACUAUUGCUAAUUUUUUUGUUUAUAUCUCGUAGGAGGAUUGACAGGCUCUGCUAUUGUGGGAAAUGAUGUUAGCUACUUAACAUAUUUGAGCACUUUUCUCAAACCAGUCUCGAGCAAAUCGUCACAAUGGAGGCGCUGUUGGCGUGCGUCCGUGGACGGCUGGGCUGCCAGUACUUUUCAUGGCCGAUGCGACCAUAAAGGACCAACUGUCACAAUAAUAAGAGUCGGGGGGAAGUACAUAUUUGGAGGCUAUACCAGCCGCUCUUGGGGUAAGUGGAAGGAUUUUCUAAACCUGAGCGUGAUAGCAUGUAAAAUUGUGUAAGGAAGAAUUUGUAAUGAAUAUUUUUUUUAGCAUAUACACACUCAGUGAUCUUGGUGAUUUAAGCAAUCUGAUUGGUUCGCUAUCUCGGACUAUUUAACAAUUAUUCCACGAGGGCACGUUGGAUAUGAGAUGAUAGAUAGCCCACGAGGCGCAUAGCGCCGAGUUGGCUAUAAUUAUUUCAUAUCCAACAAGCCCGAGUGGAAUAAUUGUUUUAUUAAAAACGCCCACAAAAUCUCGUUGAAUCGCCCCGACUAGACCAAACCGGAAAAGACAAGGGACUUCCGCUAUUCACAUGUCACGCGUCUAUCAAAACUGUCAACGCGCGAACGGACUCGCCUAGACUGCAUGAAUGAAAAAUCAAAACAUUGUAGCGAUGAACAUUAGUUUUUUAAAAAAUCAUAGUGAUUCUAGGAUUUUACACAGCAGAACAGCUGAAAAAACCUGGCAGAUAAUGUGAAGGAAAGGAAUUUUUAAG